AUGCGGGACGAGAACGAGGGCCUCCCUUUCGCUUUCGGCCCCUCAGCGGGGUUCGAGGGCGGCGGCCUUCUGCCCAGCCUGCUGUAUGCCCCAGGACCUGGUGCCGUGUCUGAGUUCCCUGGGCAGCAGGUGCAGUGGGUUGGCGGCGUUGCUGGGCAGCAGGAGGUGCAGCCGCACGCGCCAUGGCAGCAAUUUCACGACGCGACUGCGCAGCAGCUGGUGGUGCAGGUGCAGCCGCAGGGCAGCUGGCUGCACAGCAGCCUCUCCCUGGACAGCGGCGGCGGCCAGCAGGGCGGCGCCCAGAGCGCCGGCCGCCUGGACCCCGCAACCAUGGCCGCAAAGCUGGCGUCAGCCCGGGAGAAGAACCGCGCCGCGCAGCAACGCUUCAGAGCCAGGCAGCGCGAGAAGCAGAAGCAGGCGGGGGAGCAGUGCACGGUGCUGCAGGAGCAGAUUGACGAGCUGGAGGGCGACAACGAGCAGCUGGAGCGCCAGAACCGCAUUUACGAAAAGGUGCUGGCGGUGCGCGACGCCAUGCUGCAGACCUUCACAUCGCUGCACCCGCCCUCCCUGGAGCAGCGGGACCAGGCGCCUCCCAUGAGGGUGGCCGCGCAGGGGCUGGCCAAGGCAAUCAAAGAGCUGCCCAGCGAAGGGGAGAUGGAUGCGGCUUCUCCCGCCCAGAAUGCGAGCACAGUGGGGCCGCCACAGCAGCCGCGGCAGCAGCAGGCGGCGCAGCAGGCGGUGCAGCAGGCGGGCGCGGUGGCCUCCAGCAGCAGCGGCAGCGGCGCGUCUGUGGAUGGGCUGCCCAGUGUGCAGAACGUGACGUGGAACCUGGCCGACCCGCACCGCUCGGGCGUGGCCGCGCAGCUCGACGGCAGCGCGCUGCGGGAGGUGCAGAGCAUCCCCAGCACUCGUGAUGAGGCUGUGAGGGCCAGCGUGGUGGCCAUGACCGAGCCGGAGCACCUGAUGGACUACUACCGCCAGUGGCAGGCGGAGCUGAGCGUGAGCUACGUGGCGGCCAAGGCCUCGGGGUUUGACGCAGACGGCGUGGCCGAUGUGGAGGCGGUGCAGGAGCGCAUGACGCAGGUGUGGUGGCACGUGGGGGAGAUGAAGCCGGCAUACCUGUGCUACCUGGCGCACGCCGCGCUGCCAGAAAACUCGGCCCAGUUCCCGCUGUGGCGGGAGAUUGCGGCCGAGGUGCUGCCGCAGCUGGACGAGACGCAGAGAGCGCUGCUGCGCCGCAGCUGGCACGCGUACAGCAAGAGGCUGGCCAAGAUUGCGGUGGGGGUGUCCAGAUGGGUGCGCCGGCUGCAGGAGUAUGCGCUGCAGCCCACCGAGGGCCUCGUCACCAACGCCAACUCCUCGCUGGAGCUGCUGGAGAUCACCAGCCACAUUGCGGGCGCUGUGCAGGAGGAAUAUGUUGCCACCAUGGAGUUUGUUGCUGAGCAGGCGCUAGCCACCACCCCCAUCCAGAAGGCCUACAUCAACCACGCCUCCGCCCCCUUCCUGCCCGACAUUGUGGCCAUUGACUACAACAUCCUGCUGAUGGACAGCCAGCAGCGGCAGGCGCGCGCCAAGGGCGCGCCCAGCCUGCUGGCCCCCGCCGGAGCCUCCUCCGGCGCCAAUGUGGCCCCACAGACCUGA